AUGGCGACCGCCAUACAGGUAACUUUGUGUCUAAUCAUUAAUGUCUGUAUCUCCGUCUCUCUUGGUCGGUCCACUGGAGUAUCAGCCGUUUUAGUAGAGAUGGAGAUACCCAGCAAUGCACCGAAAGGUUUUAAAGUGACAAAGUUAGGCUGUAAUGGAAGGGACUUCUUUCUAAACGUCCCUGAAAAUGAAAUCCAACUGUUUACUGUAUCGGGAUCCGGUGAUUUGGUUUUAAAAGAAAGUGUGAAAGGUUAUGAAAAUAGACAGUUGACCGUUCAUGUGACAAGGUUGGCUAUUACCGACUGUCCACAAUGUACGGACAUACCAGAAAUCUCAAGACUGACCGUAACGGUUAAACCCCCGUCGCAUUUUAUAAGAUUCCCAAAUGAAAUCCGAGGUCAUGCAGACGUAACGGGAUCCUCCCAGGUGCUGGGAGAGGACAUGAACGCCCUAUUCAAAGCUUCCCAUGCCCUAUACUCUCUCUAUACACUCAUCGGAAGUGAGAAAUCAGUGGGCUUAUUUGAAUUUCAAAAAGACACGAACGGAAACCUCCAGUUACACCUAGCCGAUGUCCCAUCUUGUCGGGUUUACUAUCUUCUGUGUAAGGUGGUCAGUUCAGACCACCAAGUGUUGUUUACUAACCUCCGUAUAGAUAUACGUAAUGGACAAAACACCACGACAACUGUCAAAUCUGACGUUUCCGGCGCGCGAGAACCGUCAGUAUACAUUAAUACUGACCAGAAACAUGACCUCCGGAGACAAGGCCAUGAUUUAACUGUCAACUUUCGCCAGGACAAGAAACAGACCAUCUUCCACCACAGAUACAGACGACAGGUGAAAACAGCUGCUGUCACCAAAACCAUCGACGAAGGUUCAACGGGAGUGCUCUACCAAUUCACCAGACAAGGUACCGGAACUUUUUUCGACUUAAAACAGGCGGUACCGGAUGUAGUGACGGUGGACCAAAAUGGUCAAGUUGAGCCCAAGCCAGGCUCGGUUUUAGAUGCUGAUAACGGGACAACAUCGAUCCUGGUGGAGGUGUACGAGAGAACCGGAAAUUCUGAACCAGCUGAAUAUGAACACACAUUAACUUUGGUAUUAAAUAAUAUCAACGAUGAAGUCCCGAGGUUCACGAAUAUACCGAGGCCGAUGCUUGCCACCGUAGAUGCUUGGGCCUCUAAUUGGACCACGUGUUACACACUGACCGCGCUCGACCCAGACCCCGGCAGUCUGGUCGGCUUCUACAUGAAAGGAACCAGCUCGAAAUUUGAGGUUGUUGAGCUGACAGGAGAGAUCAAAACAAAAGCACCUCUGUUACAGAAUUACGAUGAGGAAAUUACUGUAUUCUGUAAGGAUAAAAAUGCACCAACGGAACAAAUCAGUAGCGAAGAAAAAGUUUUCAUCACCACAAAAUAUCGUGCUCCUCAAUUUUAUCUUCCUGAAUACAAAGCGAGUGUUCCUGAGAAUGCUCAAAGCGGACAAAUCUUCAGUCUUCAGAACUCUGAUUUCAAUGAUGUAGAUCUUCAGAGUGUCAACUUUCAAAACGGAAUGACAGUUUAUUCUGUAAUCAAUCCAAGGACAAGAGGACAUAGUUCAUUAUUUGAUAUCAAAGAUGGAAAACUGUUAACUUUGGGAACUUACGAUCACGAGAAGAUGUCUGAGUAUCCACUGCUUCUACAGGCCAAAGAUAGUACUUCUGAACUCACCAGUUCUGUCAGUCUGAUGGUACGAAUCACGGAUGUGAAUGAGUUUGAUCCAGUUUUUGAUGUGUCCCCAGACUUUGCUGAAGUUAGCGAGUCCCUGAGGGUUGGAGAAACAGCAAUGCAAGUGACUGUUACGGACAAGGACACCAGUUCAACCAUUAACUACCUACUGAACGAUGAAUAUUUUGACGUUGAGAGCGUCAAUAACAUCGGUAAUAUCCGCGUCAAAAAGGCUCUUGACUAUGAAACAGCUCCAGAUCACAUGCACAGCUUCACCGUGUUUGCAGUGGAUGAUGGCGGGGUUCUAAACAUGAAAAGGACCAGUUCAGCCUCAGUCAUCAUAAAGCUUGACAAUGUUAACGAUCUAGAACCAGUGUUUGUUGAUUCGUCUAUAUCGAUGAAAGUUCUAGAUAAUGCUGACGCUCCAGGUGCUGAUGUGGAUCAGAAGCUUGUCCUCGAUAUGACAGCUUACGAUGCAGAUGGUGAUGUAGUCACGUACAGCUUGGGAGGAGGCAGUCAUGAGAUUUUUGAAAUAAACGCAGACACAGGUAUUAUAAGAUUAAAGUCUGGCGCCAACAUUAUUCCUGAUGAUGUCAGUGAGUACAAUUUUGAUGUUUUGGCUGUGGAUGAUAACAGCUGCUGUAGUGACAAGACAGUUCCUCUCCAUACAAGCACUGCUUCUGUGACAGUCUACAUUGUGGAUGCUGUGAACCGGAAACCACGGUUCACAUGUAAUUACAAGCCAAGCGUGUUGGAAGAACAACCUGUAGGAACCGAUGUUGUUACAGUUGAAGCAGUGGACACCAGCCGCGGGGAGAAAAGUGAAGUAGAAUACUCAUUAAGAAGGGACAGAAACUUUGACUCUUCAAAGUAUUUCAGUAUUGAUAAGAAGACUGGUAAGAUAACAACAACAGCACGUCUUGAUAGGGAGCUGUUUUCUGAUAUAAUGUUUAUCACAGUGCAGGCGACGGACCGAGGAGACCCACCCCUUAGUGAUCUUUGUACCUUUGUUGUGAAUCUGGCCGAUACAAAUGACCACUCUCCUGUGUUUACAUCCACUACCUACUCUCAAACUUUAUAUAGAGAUUCUCCAAUUGGAACUGUCGGCAUUGUUGUUCUAGCGGAGGAUGAUGACAGUGGUGUGAAUGCUGAUGUUAAGUAUAGUUUCAUUCAGAAUCCAGGCAAUUAUUUCAACAUCAACAAUAAUGGAGUGAUAAAAACUGCUGCGAAUCUUGGUAAUGCUCCACCCUCUAUUGUGUUGGAAGUGAUGGCUACAGACAGUGGAAGUUCUCCGCGGUCCAGCUCUACGACCAUUACCAUGACAUUGCAGUCAGACUACCGUCCACCCAGCACAUCUCAAGCUGAAUACACCUUUGGCAUGUCAGAAGUGGAUGACAUCGGAACUGUUGUAGGAAAUAUAGUAGUUUCCUCCAAUGCUGAUCAGGCUGCCGUCAGUCUUCAGAUUGUUAAUAACGUUGACGGCCUGAUUAUUAUACGUGAAGUAGAUCCCACCACAAAUAUUGGACAAUUUGAGCUGGUGAUUGCCAAAGAAAGGAUCAGAUAUGAAAAGUAUCCGGAGAUGAAGCUAGUGCUGCGAGCCUCCAACGAGCAACCAGAACCACAAAAUACAUAUAUUUUUGCGAAAAUCGAAAAUGAAGACAAAAACAUGCUGAACCCGGAAUAUAUUGGAGAACCGUUUAUCAGUGCUGAUAACUACAAUAUCAAGCUUGAUGUAUUGGAAGGACUUGAUCCUCAAGAGCCUGUUGGUUUUGUUGUGGCCAUAGAUGGUGAUACCUUCACUCCAGCCUACAGCAAUGUAACUUACUAUGAACAAAGCAGCAGUGCCUUCUUUAGUAUUGACAGUGUGUCAGGAGAAAUCAGAACCAAGAAGGUGUUUGAUGCAGAGGAGGAACAAAUUUACUACUUCAGUCUUAUUGCAAAAGAUGGAGCACCUUCUGCAACACCAAACCAUCAGCCUCCAGGAACAUCAAAUAGUGCUACUGCCACUGUACAGAUACAAAUCAGUGAUGCCAAUGACAACACACCAACAUUUGACUUACAGCAAUACGCAUUCACUGUCCCCGAGGAUGCAGCUCUGGAAUCAUCUGUCGGGGAACUCAAGGCAACAGACCUAGACUCAGGUCAUGUGUUUCGAUUUACCCUGGACUGCAAUAUACCAACUGGAGCUGUGAUACCAUUUUCUGCUAAUUGGACCACUGGAGUGAUCUAUGUUUCUGGUUACCUUGACUUUGAAUCAACAGCUAGUUAUUCAUGUACAGCAAAAGUUUUUGAUGGGAAAUUCAUCGCACAAACCAAUGUUGAUAUAACGGUAUUGGAUGUAAAUGACAUGCCUCCUGUUUUCUCCCAAUCUACGUACAAUUUCGACAAUGUCAACGAGGGAGACUAUAGCAGUAAUCCCUAUUUGUUUGGUCGGGUGCUGGCUGCUGAUGGGGACACAGGCAGGGUAACACAGACAAAUAUUAGGUACAGCAUUCUAACAGACCCUGGGGACACGUCCAUCAGCAGCAAAUUUGAGCUUGAUGCAACCACUGGCAACCUAACAGUGAAGGGAGAGUUAGAUAGAGACACUCAGCCUGUCGUUACUUUUAUUGUGAGUGCAAUAGACGAACCUUCCUCUAGCAACCCGAGGACAGGUUAUGCAACGGUCAAAAUUAAUUUGCAGGACAUGAAUGACAACGACCCAAUCUUUGUUGAAGGAACUCUGGUAGGCAGUGUAGUGGAGGAGCAGCCUGUCGGUACUACUGUGAUGAGGGUCAUUGCUGAUGAUAUUGAUGAGGGUCCAAAUGGAGAAGUGUCCUAUAGCUUAGUCCCAGUCACCAACCCUUUUUUCAGAAUUCCAAUCAGGAGUUCUGGUGUGAUUCAAACCAACGUUGUAAUUGAUCGUGAGCAGAAUGACCAGUUCACUGUUCUUGUGUCUGCCCAGGAUGGUGGCACUGGAGGCACUGCCAGAUCCACCACUGGUACAGCCACUAUCUAUGUUAUAGACAUCAACGACAACAAUCCUCACUGUAACGAUAGUCUACAGUCUGUUACCAUUAAGGAGACUUUGGAGGGUAAAUUCAUAGCAGUUCAUGCGUAUGAUGCAGACACAUUGGACAUCUUGUCCUACAGGGUUUCAGAUUCAGAUUUUGCACACUUUGCCAUACAACAAGAAAACAGUGUGGCUAACGUCAUUGUCCAUGAUAGUCCUGAUUUUGACAUUGGUGAGACAUUUUUCAACAUCUCGGUAACUGUGACAGAUGGAACUAACUCAGCUAUAUGUUAUGUUGAAGUAACAGUGGAAGAUGUCAACGAUAAUGCUCCUGUUUUUUCUGACAUCCAUGUUCGUCAAGGGGGCAAUAUCUCUGAAGAUAUUAGUGUUAACACAGAAAUAGCAAAUUUUACGGCAACUGAUAUUGAUUCUGGUGACAACCAGGCAUUUGAAUUUUUUAUCCUUCUGGAUACAGACAUCAACAAAUACUUUGCAAUUGAAAAUCUUCCUCAAGGUCAAGGAAAGAUAAAGGUCCAGAGAGCGUUGGAUCGAGAGACUGUACCUGAAUUUGAUCUUACUGUUUUGGCUAUAGAUUCAGGUUCACCUCCACAGACAGGGAGCACAGUCAUCAGGAUCAUUCUGGAAGAUGUAAAUGACAAUGGACCUAUCCUGAAGAAAACACAAAUUUCUAUAAAGGAGAAUAUUCCACCCCAGCCUAAUUUUGAAACACUGUAUGCACAAGAUCCAGACAGCCCAGAGAAUGGACCGCCAUUUAGUUUCAACCAAGUUGUAUGUGACUCCAAUUCUCCAUCUGUGUGUGGCAAGUUUGAGUUUAACAUACAAGCUGCUGUGCCAUCUGAAGGUGGCCAGGCCUUGUCAUGUAGCUCCUUGACAUCACUGGACCGUGAGGAAGCAAGCUUUUACCUCGUUGAUGUGGUGAUACAGGACAAAGAUGGAAUGUCUGCUACCAGCACCCUCACAAUCCUUAUUGAGGAUGAGAAUGACAACAAAAACACAGAUGCUCAACAGUCACUUUUUGCUUACAAUUACAACGGUAUACUUAAGAAUGUUGUCAUAGGCCGUGUAGGUUUCAACGAUCUUGAUGGAGAUGAGGACAGAGCUACUAAAACCUUUUCUAAAGUAUCAGACUAUACAGAUUUCUAUGUGAGAGUCGAGUUGAAUGGUGAUAUUGUGAUAUUAUCAAAUGUUCCAUAUGGCACAUUUGAUUUCAAAGUAACUGUGGAGGACACAAACGUCAAAAUAAAUGGUGUGGUCACCACAGUUGUCUCCACCACAACAGUUACAGUAACACUGGAGGAGCUUGAUGCUGAGGCCCCCUACAAGGCGGGCUCUAUCAGAUUAAGUGGAAUCACUGCUAAGGAAUUUAUCAGUACUCCACCUGGAAAUGAUGGUAAAAGUCAUUAUAGACUCUUCCGUGAAAAGAUGGCUGAAAAACUAGGCAAACCUGUUGACAAUGUACAAAUAGUUACCAUGCUAGAUAAAGUGGAUCUUUUAGAAAUACGCUUUGCUGCCCAUGGAUCUCCAUACUAUACAAGUGCACGACUCAAUGGAAUAGUCACGGACAACAAAAAUGAGUUUGAAACUGCUUCUGGUGGUAAGAUAGAGACAGUGGGUGUGUCAGAGUGCCUGCAAGAGUCCUGUGAAGGAGGCUGCUGGGACAAAUUGGUUGUUGAAGAAAGCCCCAAUGUGGUGAAUGCAGGCACCGACACCAAAGUGGGUGUGGUCUCUGGUGUGGUUCCACAAUGUGGCUGUCGUGUGCCUGUCAGUCAGACAGAGUGUACCCCAGAUUAUUGCUUCAACGAUGGCCAAUGUGUCAAAGAUGACUACGGAAUACUCACAUGUGUGUGUACAGCCUCAUUUGAUGGUCCACGAUGUCAAAACACCAAGAAAGGUUUCUCAGGAAGUGGUUAUGCUCUGUUCAAACCCCUGGAACAGUGCCUCAGGUGGGAGACUAGUAUAGAGUUUAUCACGCAGAAUGCCAAUGGACUUAUCCUAUACAAUGGGCCCCUAACAGCAUUGUCCUACACUGAUCCUACCGACUACAUCGUCCUACAACUUAGGAAUGGCUAUCCUGAGCUCACAGUUGAUCUUGGUACAGGUGCACUGACUUUGUACCUUGAUGGCACUGGAGCUAGUACACUCAGCGAUGGCAAGUGGCAUCACAUCAACAUCAUCAAGGAUGGAAAAAUGAUCACUCUGACAGUGGACCACUGUCGAACAGCCUCGGGUACAGACAGAAGUAGCUGUGAAAUGACUGGCUAUACCAAGAGCACACAUAUGUACCUCAACAUCAACACACCACUUCAGAUGGGAGGAACAUCUCCAUCAACACUCCAAACACCACAGGGUGUCACUGCAGCAAAGUUUUCUGGAUGUAUGAGGAAUCUACGACAUAAAGGAGAGUUAUAUGACCUUCACACGGGAGGUGUGUAUGAUGGGACCACAGACAGCUGCCCAGAGGAAGACGAAGCCUGUGGGAACAAAUGUGGUGACCAUGGAGAAUGUCGUGUCACUGACAUUUCUGUUACGCCCAAGACCACUGAGUGUAUCUGUGAUGGUGGUUACCGUGGAGAUAACUGUGGUACAGUUACAACCACCGUGGAUUUUGGUGCUAACAGUUUCAUGGAGUGGUCAUUAGUUGAAUCGUUUGCUAAUCAGUUGUCAGUCAAGGAAACUGAACUACAGAUGAUGUAUCGCUCAAGAGAUCAGGAAGGUAUCCUUUUCCACUUGACUUCGUCAGAGGCCGACAAGUUUAUCAGAUUACAGAUCAUCAAUAAUGAGCUGAUGUUGGUUUACAACCUUGGUGGAGAUCAAGGGUCACUGGCCAUGCCUGGGGUGGAAGCAAGUAACGGGCGAUGGCACACAGUCAACAUCAAGCGUGUCAGCAGGACCUUUGUGAUGGCCGUAGAUGGUGGAGAAGGACUAAACUAUGUCACGUCAUCUGGCCCAUUAAAUAGUCAGGGGGAGAUUACUCUGUUACAAAGACAGAUCUAUGCUGGAGCUGAAUUGCUAUAUGAUGACAAUUUAGACACAACUGGAACAUUUGAUGGCAAAGAUUUCAACAGCUCCUGUUACAAUGACAUUCGGCUUGAAACUGCAUGGUUCCCCAUGACAACUGCAGAAUCCAGUGAAAACACCCUUGUUAACCUUGACAGACGUAUAUCAGUUCAGAAUAACUGUGUCAGAAAUGAUUGUGUGGGAGUGUCCUGCCCAGCUACCUUUGUCUGUAAGGGCCUGUGGGAGGCAUACAAAUGCAUAUGUCCUAGUGGGAAGGUGGAAGUGGGCAACACCUGCGUAGAUAUCAACUACUGUCUGGACAGUCCGUGCAUGGGCUCCGCUACUUGUAGAAAUGGAAACGGCACCUUUAUCUGUGACUGUCCUGAGGGCUGGAAGGGCAAGCGAUGCAACCUGCAAGCCAUUGUUGAGGUUGUGCCAGCAGGUGGUACUAAUGUUGGACUCAUAGUUGGUAUCAUUGUUGCUGUGGUCCUAGUACUUAUCAUUGCGUUUGUUUUGUUCCUGCUGUACAAACGUUGUGCUGGCAAUGAUGACAUGGCUAACUUAGUAGAGGAUGAGAAGGAGGAUUACGACAUUAGGGAAAAUAUUGUGGCUUAUGAUGAGGAAGGUGCAGGUGAAGAAGACCAUGAGGGGUAUGACCUUAACAGACUACGGAAGCCCAUGGACAUGUCCAGAGCUGAUAAACCCCUAAUGAACAUGGAAAAUGAGAGACCCGUGAAAUCUGGUCCUCCACAAGGUCCUGGUAUUGGAGAGUUCAUUGGUGAUCGACUCGGAGAUGCUGACGAUGAUCCCGGAGCUCCCCCGUAUGACACACUUAUGGAGUUGAACUACGAGGGAGGUGGCAGCUCAGCUGGUUCUCUUAGCUCGCUCAACACAUCGUCCAGUGGAGGCGACCAAGACUAUGAUUACCUUAACAACUGGGGACCCAAGUUUGCUAAAUUGGCUGAUAUGUAUAACCAGUAUGAGGAUUCUGAUUAA